AUGCCGAAGCUUUUCGUGGAGCGGGACUAUGUGGAUCAGGAGUUGGCGAAGCUGCGGCGCGAGAUGAGCGACCUCAAGGCUGAGCUUCGCUCCAGGCUUGGCGAACAGUUCGGCAACCAGAAUCCGAAUUGGAAUGACCCGAAGUCUUCGAAGAGGCAGCUGGAGGAGGAGGUGGGCAUCACCAUCUCGGGCAGCGAGGAGCCUGGCGAUGAGAAGGAUCCAAGCGAGGAGAUUGUUUUUUGGGUCGCUGAGGAGGUUUGCUUCGACAGGAAGAGUGCGUGGAGCAUCCCAUUAGUUCUCUCUUGGAGCCACGCAAGUGACAGCGUCUUCGCGUGUUUGCUGCUUCUGCUGAAUGCCUCCAUGCAGAUCCUUUUCAUCGUCAUCCUCUUAUCUCCAGAGUUCCUUGGUGAAGACUUCUCUGAGCAGCUGGAGAGUGCGAAAGAGUGGCGCCGAAGCUUUGCUCACGACUACCUCUACGUGGACUUAGCGGAGAAGAGCCUUGCGACCAAGGUCUGCGAUGAAGAUGGCUCUCUGAUCUUCUCCACUGCGCAGGUGGCACUUGUUGGUGAGAUCAACAGCUACCUUGCCCUUAGCAAGUUUGGGGAGGAGGCUUUUCAAUUGCCAUCCUUCCAGCCGGGUGUCUUGCUGUCGGUCUUGUGCAUCCUGCUCUGGAACAUCUGCGUCUUCAGGGAGUUGCGGAGCAUCUGGUAUGUCCUGAAGGGCAUUUUGUUGGGCAGCGCGUGGUCCAAAGCACGGCUUUCUCGAUCCAAUUCUGUGCAAGAGCUCUGGCAGCUGUCUUGGCAGCGAGGUCUUGUGAUGUCCUGUGUAUGCCUUGGCCGCAUCUGCGUGGCCUGUGCCUUGCUGAUCUCGGGUUGUAUUUGGUUGGGACGCACCACCUCGAUUACGGAGCUGAUGCUCAACUCCGUGGCCUUGGAAUCCGUCUUGCAUGUGGACGAGUUCAUCUUCUCGGCUUUGGUGCCCACGAACCUGCAGCAGAAGAUCCAAACACUGCAGCCCGUGAAGAUCAAGAAAAGCCGUCGCUGUCCGAGCUUGGAGAACGUGGUGCUCUUCUCGGCGCUCUCGGCUGCUCUGCUCCUUCCUUACCUCCUCAUCCUGGCCCCGUUGAAAGAGACCAUGCUUCAGGUGAAGUACGAACUCUGCGGAGGGGAACAGCGGUUUGCCAUGGGCUUUAAGGACGGCAUCGUGCGGGAAUUCGUCACCCAGCCCGCCGAAAGCAACAUCACGGCAAACAGAUACAUCGAGAGGGCAGUGCAGGAAAAGGCAUUCCCGGAAGAUUUUGCCCUAAAGCUUGCCGUUCCGGUUCUGGAGCCGGAUAUCUCUCGCAUGCGCUCGAUGAUGAACCAAGAGUACGUCGAUUGGAAAAGGGAAUCUGCGGAUUGCCCCGCUGACAGCAAUGGGAGCUCAAUGGCCGAUUUCCUUGCAGCUGCAGCCUUCGAGGUUGGCUACACCGGAAACAGAAGUUGCGAAGCUUUGAAGAGAUACUGCAGCGAUUCAGACAGUUUUGAUAUUGACACUUCUUCUAGAUUGUAUUCGACAGCAGCAACAUGGCUGCGCUUCGCCUGCCCCAGAGCUUGCGGAUGUACGGAUCCCAAUUCUUCGCCGGUUUACAGGACUCCACGCCAUGGCUGCCGCAGGUCUUGCAUCCAGGAGAGGUAUGGCUUCUCCAUGUUUUCGGCGAGUCCUCUCUUCGGCCGGCUCCCAAGCUUCCCCGCGGCCUGCAAAGAUACUCUUCCCGAACACAACGCUUGGCGCCACUUCUGGGGCAACGCUGCUUUUAUGUCAGCCGCACAUCUGAAUUCUGCUAUGCUUUACGAAAGUGCAAUGCUCCGUUCACUUGUGGGAGCCGCAAUGGAAGUGGGCUGCCCCGUUCUGACCGUCGCUCCCACCGACUUUGCUGGGAACCUCUUAUGCAGAGGGACUGUCUAUUCCCUGCCCUUGGCAUGGUGGUGUCCGGAGACCUGUGGUUGCGCAUCUUCUGGCAACGCCGAAAGAGACCGCUUCUGCUUUGGGUAUGACUACUGUCCCAUGCACGUACUGGAGACAGACACGACGGCGGCUUGGGAGUUCAUCCGGAAGUACGAUGUUUUGAGAGUGCUCAUGAAUCCGGAGGUCAUUCCAUAUUCCUUGUAG